ACGUGCAGGGCUUCAAGUGGGGCGACCGUGGGCUGUAUGUUCACGAGUCAGGAUUUGAGGCGUUCCGGGGGACGGCCGAGCCUGAUGAGGAGAGGAAGGACCUGAAGGAGGAAGAGCAGGAGGUGUACGACACGGAGGACAUGGAGACGGAUGACGAGGAGGAGGAGGAGGAGGAGGAGGAGGAGGAAGAGGAGGAGGACGAGGAGGAGGAGGAGGAGGACGAGGAGGAGGAGGAGGAGGAGAAACAGUGGGGGCAGGAGCGGAGGCAGAGCAAAAGGCACAAGAGAUGCAAAAGCAGGGGAGGCAAGAGGGAUGAGGAAGAGGAGGAGGAGGAAGAGGAGGAGGAGGAGGAUGAGAAACGGGGGGGGCAAGGGCUUAGGAAGGGCAGAAGGCAGAAGAGAGGGAAAAUCAGGGGAGGCAGGAGGGAAGAGAAAGAGGAAGAGGAGGAGGAAGAGGAGGGGCAGGAUGAUGAGAAACAGGGGGGGCGUGAGCGGAGGAAGGGCAGAACGCACAAGAGAGGCAGAGGCAAGGGAGGCAGGAGGGAAGAGGAAGAGGAGGAAGAGGAGGAAGAGGAGGAAGAUGAUGAGGAUGAGGAUGAGAAGCAGGGGGGCCAGGGGCGGAGGAAGGGCAAAAGACACAAGAGUGGCAAAAGAAGGGGAGGCAAGAGGGCCAAGAGGUGGGGUGACAAGACAAGGGGGGCAGCAGAUGAGGCAUGA